UGUUGACCUUUUGAAGUAUCGCUAUGCAGGGUAACGUAACGUUUACUUUGAGUGGAAAAAAUAACUCUUCUGUGGCUCCGAUUUCCGUCUUAUUUGUAAAGAAAUAUGAACAAUUAUAGCUAACACCGAGCAUGUAAUUUUUAGCAUAAUCAUGGGUUGUUCAGUGAGCUUAGAGAAGAGUUCUGUGAGAGAAUCAGCGAGAUUAGAUCAAUCAUGUCCCAACAAAACGAAAACAAAUGUUACGAAAGAAGAAGGGUCUGAAAAACCAAAACAAAACGGGGAAAUUGGGUCUAAAUUGCCGCAGAAUAUAGAACAAAACAAUGAGUCUCAUAACUCAGUUCAAAUUGAGACAGGAGGAUUGGAUUCCGAGGUUAAAAUCCCUUCAAAUUGCUUGACCAUUUUGCACUUCAACGAUGUUUACAACAUCGAGCCUCGCGACAAAGAACCUGUCGGAGGAGCAGCAAGAUUUGCACAUAAACUGGCCAGCUAUAAGCACCUUAAUCCUUUUACUGUGUUCAGUGGAGAUGCACUCAAUCCUUCAAUGAUGAGCAGCGUCACCAAAGGUAAACACAUGAUUCCAGUUCUUAAUUCUUUUGACAUCAACAUUGCUGUAUAUGGGAAUCAUGAUUUUGAUUUUGGUGUUGACGACUUGAUUGAAGUUAAGGAUAAGACCAACUUCCCUUGGUUAAUGAGUAAUGUUACAGACAAGGCAACGCUAGGGCAGUUAGCUGAGGGGGAAAUCACAAGAAUGUUUGAAUGGAAUGGAAAGAAGAUUGGUUGUAUUGGUCUGGUAGAAGAAGAAUGGCUGGCUACUCUAGCAACAAUUGACCCAAGUGAAGUCAUCUUUCAAGAUUAUGCUGAGCUUGGUACCAAGCUGUCAAAACAGCUAAGAGAUGAAGGAGCUGAUUUAGUGAUAGCACUCACCCACAUGCGUUUGCACAAUGACACUCGUAUGGCGGAAUUAUCUAGUGGUAUUGACCUCAUUCUCGGUGGACACGACCACCAUUAUGAAGUAAAAGAUGUUAAUGGUGUCAAGAUUAUCAAAAGUGGUUCAGACUUCAGAGAAUUAAGCAAAAUUAAUAUCAUUUUCAGCGAUGACAAUAAUUUUGAUAUUGAAGUUGAAAAAAUUGAAAUUACAARUGAUGUUCCAGAAGACCCAGAACUCAAAAAAAUAGUUGACCAAUAUAUGGAUAUUAUGAAGGAAAGUAUGGAAGAGACACUUGGUCAAACUGAGGUGGAGCUGGACGGGACCUUUGCAAGUUUGCGAACAAAAGAGACAAACCUAGGGAACUUUAUCGUUGACAUUAUGCACAAUGUGACCAAAGCAGAUGUUGUAUUAUUGAAUUCUGGUACCUUACGGUCUGAUGCAAUCCACCCUCCUGGAACAUUCAAGAAGAAGGACCUUGUUGCUAUACUUCCUAUGCCAGAUUCUGUGGUAGUAUUGGAAUUAACAGGUGAACAACUCUUAAAAGCUCUGGAGAAUGGCGUGAGCCAGUGGCCAAAACAUGAAGGGCGAUUUCCUCAGAUUUCAGGAAUGAAGUUUGCAUUUGAUCCGGAAUUACAACCUGGAAGUCGAGUAGUUAAAGACAGUGUUAUCAUUGAUGAAGAAAAACUCGAGUUAAAAAAGGUAUUCUGCUUAUGGAGACACACUGGAGACUCGCCUGCUUCGCUACUGGAUGCAGAGAAACAUCACGUCAAGGUUAAUCCCAAGGUUGAAGGAAGAAUAAUAAACAUCAGAGACAAGAACGCAGAAAUACGAGAAACAUCUCAAAACCAAGAGAAGACGGAACAGUCAAACGAGCUCGACGAUGACGACGAGAAAGAGGUGGUGACAAAAGUCAUUUCUGGUUGUAUAGAAACUGCGGCAAAUGACUCCAGAGAGGAGAAUGACACUAAUGGAAACUCUAAACGUGAUGGUCCGUCCAUCCAAGUCAUUGCGGGUGGUGCUAACAAUACAGGAGGUGAAACAAGUAAUGAAACAAAUGUCAAUGAAGAGAAUCAACCUGAUAUGUCCUCUGCUUAUCCCGACAAGGAAAACCAACCUGACCUAGCGACAGAAGAUGAUUAUUGGGACUUGUGGGAAGCUGUUAAAGUAGAUGACAUUGAUGUGGUGAAGAAUUUGCACGAAGAAAAGCACAUUUGUCUGACGAGAUUACAAGACAACAAGACAAUACUUCACCUCGCAGCAGAAAGAAACGCUUCCAAAGUUGUGGAGUAUUUGCUAACCAAGGGACAACUAAACCCAAACGCUCUGGACGAAAUUCUGCAUGGUGUUCCGUUACAUGGUGCAGCCGAAUACGGUAGUGUUGACGCUGCCAGGAGUUUGAUCGAACAUGAAGCAAAUAUUGACCAGCAAGACCUGGUUGGUAAUACUGCUCUACAUAUUGCCUGCACGAAUGAUCAGAUGAAUUUCCAACACUUCCUUCUAGAGAGAGGAGCCAACACAACGAUAGUUAAUUCAGAUGGAGAAACACCUCAGCUAAACAAAGAAUGAACCUUACAAAUUUUAGAUUUAUUUUCUAGAACUACAAGGUAUACAAUCAUGAGAUAGUGAAGUAAUGUUCUGACUGUAUGGUUAUUUAUUGAAUAUUGUAUUUAUAUUUUUAUCGAUUUUACCCUUUUAUUAUUAUUUUCAAAGGAAAGAUCUAGAAAAUAAAUUUUUACUUUUUGA